UGCCCUCCCACCAUGACUUAAGUCCUAAGCUGAGCGUCAGCAGCAAUUUACCGUGUUCACUCCUAGGACCCUCUAGCCUCUUGGCAUGCCUCUCCUGGAAGGUCCCGUGGGGGUGGAAGACCUCAUCCUCCUGGAGCCCCUGGAUGAGGAGUCUCUGAUCAAGAACCUCCAACUCCGUUAUGAAAACAAAGAGAUUUAUACGUACAUUGGGAAUGUGGUGAUCUCAAUGAACCCCUACCAGCAGCUUCCCAUCUAUGGCCCAGAGUUUAUCGCCAAAUACCGGGACUAUACUUUCUAUGAGCUGAAGCCUCACGUCUAUGCUUUGGCCAAUGUGGCCUACCAGUCACUGAAGGAUCGGGACCGGGACCAGUGUAUCCUCAUCACAGGCGAGAGUGGAGCUGGCAAGACUGAGGCAAGUAAGCUAGUGAUGUCCUACGUGGCUGCUGUCUGUGGGAAAGGAGAGCAGGUGAACUCUGUGAAGGAGCAGCUGCUUCAGUCAAACCCAGUGCUGGAAGCAUUUGGCAAUGCCAAGACCAUCCGUAAUAACAACUCCUCUCGAUUUGGAAAGUACAUGGACAUCGAGUUUGACUUCAAAGGGUCCCCCAUGGGCGGUGUCAUCACCAACUAUCUACUUGAGAAGUCCCGAGUGGUGAAGCAACUCAAAGGGGAGAGGAACUUCCAUAUCUUCUAUCAGCUGCUGGCUGGAGCAGACACACAGCUGCUGAAGGCCCUAAAGCUUGAGGAGGACCCGAGUGUAUACGGCUACCUGAAUGGGGAGGUGUCCAAGGUGAACGGUAUGGACGACGCCUCCAACUUCAGGGCUGUGCAGCAUGCGAUGUCAGUGAUUGGCUUCUCAGAGGAGGAAAUUAGACAAGUGCUGGAGGUGACAGCCCUGGUGCUGAAGCUGGGGAACGUGAAGCUGACAGACGAGUUCCAGGCCAACGGGAUUGCAGCCAGUGGCAUCUGUGAUGGGAAAGGUAUUCAGGAGAUUGGGGAGAUAAUGGGCUUGAACUCUGCUGAACUAGAGAGAGCUCUGUGCUCAAGAACUAUGGAGACAGGCAAAGAGAAGGUAGUCACGGUGCUGAAUGUCACACAGGCUCAAUAUGCUCGGGAUGCCCUUGCAAAGAAUAUUUACAGCCGCCUCUUCGACUGGAUAGUGAAUCGCAUCAACGAGAGCAUCAAGGUGGGCACUGGGGAGAAGAGGAAGGUUAUGGGGGUCCUGGAUAUCUACGGCUUUGAGAUAUUGGAGGAUAACAGCUUUGAGCAGUUCGUGAUCAACUACUGCAAUGAGAAGCUACAGCAGGUGUUCAUAGAACUGACCUUGAAGGAAGAACAGGAGGAAUACAAGAGAGAGGGCAUACCGUGGACAAAGGUGGAAUACUUUGACAACGGCAUCAUCUGUAACCUCAUUGAACAUAGUCAGCGAGGCAUCCUGGCCAUGCUAGACGAGGAGUGCCUGAGACCCGGGGUGGUCAGCGACUCCACCUUCUUAGCGAAGCUGAACCAGCUCUUCUCUAAGCACAGUCACUACGAGAGUAAAGUCUCCCAGAAUGCCCAGCGCCAGUACGACCGCACCAUGGGCCUCAGCUGUUUCCGCAUCAGUCACUACGCGGGCAAGGUGACGUACAACGUGACCGGCUUCAUCGACAAGAAUAAUGACCUACUCUUCCGAGACCUAUCCCAGACAAUGUGGAAGGCCCAGCAUCCCCUCCUGAAGUCCUUGUUCCCAGAGGGGAACCCCAAAGAAGCGUCUCUCAAACGACCCCCGACUGCCGGGACCCAGUUUAAGAAUUCGGUGGCCAUACUCAUGAAGAACCUGUAUUCUAAGAACCCCAACUACAUCAGGUGCAUAAAGCCCAAUGACCAGCAGCAGCAAGGCAGGUUCACCUCAGAGAUGGUUAUGGUCCAGGCUCGAUACCUGGGGCUGCUGGAGAAUGUUCGGGUGCGCAGGGCUGGCUAUGCCUUCCGCCAGGGCUAUAAGCCUUUCCUGGAAAGGUACCGAUUGCUGAGCCGGAGCACCUGGCCUCGCUGGAAUGGGGAUGAUCGGGAAGGUGUGGAGAAGGUCCUCGGGUCUCUGACUUUGUCAUCAGAGGAGCUGGCCUAUGGGAAGACAAAGAUCUUCAUCAGAAGCCCCAAGACCCUUUUCUACCUGGAAGAACAAAGGCGCCUGAGGCUUCAGCAGCUGGCCACCCUCAUACAGAAGGUCUACCGUGGCUGGCGCUGCCGGACCCACUACCAGCAGAUGCGGAAGAGCCAGAUCCUCAUCUCGGCUUGGUUCCGGGGCAACAAGCAAAAGAAACACUACGGGAAGAUACGGUCGUCAGUGCUGCUGAUCCAGGCUUUCGUGAGGGGCUGGAAGGCCCGCAAGAACUAUCGAAAAUACUUCCGGUCAGGCGCUGCCCUCACCUUGGCAAAUUUUAUCUACCAGAGCAUAACACAGAAAUUCCUCUUGAAUCUGAAGAAGAAUUUGCCAUCCACCAAAGUGUUGGACAACACAUGGCCAGCCGCCCCUUACAGGUGCUUCAACACAGCCAAUCAGGAGCUGCAGCGCCUCUUCUACCAGUGGAAGUGCAAGAAGUUCCGAGAUCAGCUGUCCCCGAAGCAGGUGCAGACACUGCGGGAAAAGCUCUGUGCCAGUGAACUGUUUAAGGGCAAGAAGGCUUCCUACCCCCAGAGUGUGCCUAUCCCGUUCCGUGGUGAUUACAUCGGGCUGCAAGGGAACCCCAAGCUGCAGAGACUGAAGGGCAGGGAGGAGGGGCCUGUCUUGGUGGCGGACACCGUGAAGAAGGUCAACCGUGGCAAUGGCAAGACAUCGGCACGGAUUCUUCUCCUGACCAAGGGGCACGUGAUUCUCACAGAUGCCAAGAAGUCCCAGGCCCAAAUUGUCAUAGGACUGGAGGAUGUGACUGGGGUGUCAGUCACCAGCCUCCAGGAUGGGCUCUUUAGCUUGCAUCUGAGUGAGAUGUCAUCGUCAGUCUCCAAGGGGGACAUCCUGCUAGUGAGCGACCAUGUGGUUGAACUGCUGACAAAAAUGUACCAAGCAGUGUUGGAUGCUACACAGAGGCAGCUUUCUGUCACUGUGACUGAGAAGUUCUCAGUAAGGUUCAAGGAGGGCAGUGUGGCUGUCAAGGUUAUCCAGGGCCCCGAGGGGGGUGGGAACAAAAAGCUGAUUUGCAAGAAGAAGGGGAGUAAUGCCAUGGAGGUGACUGUGCGCUGAGGAGGUUGCAGUUUCUUCCUCUGGAGCAGAGCUUCAUGUCUAGCUCUUCUGACUGUGAGGUGGGACUUAGAGAUGAAGAACCCUUGAAGACGGCCCCUCUGUUCCCUGGACCUUUCUAGAAUCCUUACCCAAAUGCAUCAAUCCUCCCAG